AUGGUUUACUAUUACCUUGUGGCCACCCUCCUCGCCGCCCUAAAUGGCUUGGGGGUCUGGCAUACCCUUCCGCUUGGGAACGCCCCAAGCACUUCUCUGUGGCGCACUAUCGGAUCAUUGGAGAUUGCCACAUCCAUUUACGGCCUGAAGCGUGUCCGGCCAUAUGUUUUCACCGAGGAUGACGCCACCAUCGGAGAAGAUGUUUACUCGUACCAUUCGGCCGCUCAAGAAGCCUACGAGCGGGCCAAGCUGGAUUUGAAGCGAUCGUCAGCGGCCGUUUCCGCCCUCUCCUCCUCCUCUUCCCCCUUCCCCACCUCCUCCUCCACUACUGCGGACUACAUCUUGGAUGACACGUUCUGGACCACGACGGAGCCCCAGCCCUCCUUCAACAUCCACAUAUGGGGACCGAUUUUUGUGGGCCUCUUCGUGCUCCAGGUGUAUGUCCUGAUUACAGUCCUGGAACUCAAAUCCCGUGAUGCAAUCCGAGGACAGCUCGACGUUAGCGACCUCGCGGGCGAUGUCCGAGAAUGCAUCGACGCGAGCCGGAAGAACACCUUCCUCCUAGUUGAAACAGUGAAUAGCCUCUGUGCCCACGUCAACGGCCAGAGAGAGGACCUUGGUUCCCUGUCCGAGGUCUUCAACCAGAUGUCUUGGACCAGCACCGCCAACACAGAGAAGAUUGGCGACAUCCUCCGAGACGCGGUUAAGCGCAUGGACCAGACAUGUCAACAAGUGGUGGAUAUCAUGACAUCCACCGACACCCAGCUGUCUGAAGUACGUACCAGGACUCGUGAACUGUGGGAUCGUACAAAGAACUUCUCUGACAUUCCAAAGAAUCUAGCAAAGCUAAACAGCAUGUUGGGGAAAGACAUUUCCGAUGGCAUGGAUGCGCUGCGUCUCUCCCGGGGCAACAGGGAGAUUUUUGGCGCCGGAGGCGCCGCCAAGAACCCCGCCUCAUUUGACGCGCCCCUAAGCCCCGGCAUCCUGGCCGGUAUGAGGGCGAGUAUGGAUGCCCUCAGCCCAAGCCUGAGCCCCCGAUCCUCCGUUUCCUUCAACUCACAAUCCACACCCUCCUCUCAGCGGCCUACCCCUGCGGAUCCCAAGCCUGCGGCCGCUGUGAACUCGCCGCCGAAGACCCCUUCGCCCAAAACCAAGGUCGUUGAGCCGGAGGAGGUUCAAGAACGAGAGCCAAUGACUUGGCACUCGGUGAGACGCCCGCCACCUCUCUGA